CAAAAAUCCUGACCAAUAAACAAACAAUAAUGCGACGUACGUUUUCGUAACCAAAGCAAUCUUUGAUUGGUUUUUUUUUUUGAAGACCCGAUAUCUCUGAAACGGUAAGAGGUAGGCACAAGGUGGGUUGAAUAAAACAAAAGUGGCAGAUUUUAGUGUCCAUUGAAGAUUUUUUUAAAGAUAAUUUGUUAGUUUUGGAUUAGAAACGAGUUUGAAACUCUUGAAAGAAAUGCACGACAACGAAUCUGGAUCUGCCAGCAAUCCCGAAAGCGACGAAGAAGAAAAUUCCGAAUUCGAACAAGAGACCCAUUACUCAGUACCAACAACUCCGAAACCAAUCAAUACUUCACCGGGAGCCCUACAACUUCGCUCGUGGCUAAACAAAACCCUGAAAAUCAAAAUGACUGAUGGCAGGACUUUGAUUGGAGUGUUUUUGUGUACAGACCGUGACGCUAAUAUUAUUCUAGGAUCUUGCUCAGAAUAUUUGCCUUCUGAUCCUACAGUUUCGAACGAAGAUCCGCGUAUGCUAGGAUUAGUUAUGAUACCUGGAAAACAUAUAGUAAGCUUGCAUAUUGAUACUACUGAGUUUCCCAGUAUAGAAAGGGGAUCCCCCACUGAAAAUCUUCAUUAUGUUUAGUUAGUAUGAAUAAGUUCCUUUUAUUUUAUUAAUAAAAAUAAUUUUUAUUUACAUUAUUUACAUUGUUUUUCUAUAACACGAGUUAAAAAACAGACACUAUUUUAUGAUAAAUUCUUCUCGGUUCAAAAACAGCAGACUUUUUCAUUAUUUUUGAUGGAAUUCUGUAAGAAAUAAAACUAUUACAAAUUUGGAAACAAUUAUUUAUUAACAUGACUACAUAAUGGUAAAUGAAAUGCUUACAUUUAUGAAAGACAUAUUCUAGGUUUUUCUCUUGCCAAGAAGUAUUUGAGUAAAAACAAAAACUUGGCAGUAAGUAGACUGUAAAUUAUUAAAGAAAAUUUAAAAAUCCUAAAUUAUGUCUUAAGUUUUUCUUCUUGUAAAGGCUCAUACCCCUCUUUCUCAAUUUUUUCUUUGAAAGCCAAAUAACUCCUUUUCCUAUCGAAAUGUUUCACCCAUUGUGCUGUACAACUUUGUUCAUAAAGUUUCCUAAAUUCUUUACACUGUGACUCGGCCCCUUUAUCCAAACAUUCCCAAUAUUUGUCCCUUGCGCUCCAACACACGGCCCGUUCUUCUUUCGUUGGGAACGACAUGUUGCUUACUAAACUUUAUGGGUGUUUGUGUCGAGCAUGAAAAACGCAGUUUAAUUAUAAUCUGUCGUCGAAUCGAAGCACUCAAAAUAACUUUGGCUAUCAAAUAUUUCCUUGGAUGUACUAAAAAUAAACAUAAUAAAUU